AUGCCUAUCGCAGGAAAAACGAAGACGCUCUCACCGGAGGAAGCGGCGGUCGCAUUUCGGAUUGCGAGUAGUAGCAGUAUCGCAACGAUCGCCUUCCUGCUGUGGGACAUCUGCAUUACGGUGGAUCAAGAAGUAGAACUCAUAUGGAGCCAGCCAUUCUCAUUCGCCAAUGUCUUGUAUCUCAUCGUACGCUACCUUCCGAUUGUUCUCCAGAUUUCUAUCCUUCCCAUAGGUUCCACAGAGCCCGAGGGGUUGACCUUCUCUCACAGGGAGUGCCUCAUUUGGCAGCUAUACCAACUAGUAGCGACCAUGUUAUUAUUCAUGGCUGUGGAGUAUAUUCUCCUCCUUCGUGUUGAUGCAUUGUACGGGGGUUGUCGACCCAUUAGAUGGAUUAUUCGCUGCCUCUACUUCGUGGAAGUGACGUGCAUGAUUGUAGGAAUCUCGGUUUCUGCCCAUGGAUUCUUGUUCGACGCUAGGUGUGGGGUCACUGAUACACCAUCUACCGCUGUGAUAUUUGGCGUUGUCACGCCUGUCUUCCAGACUUUGUUAUUCGCCUUGACUUUCUAUAAGUUUGCACAGGCGGUCAAAGAGGGUUGGGGACGGACCCCACUGACCGUUUUGUUGAUGCGUGACGGAACAUGGGCAUUCUUUAUCAUUGAAGCGUUGCUUGCCGCGAACGGGAUUCUCAACUUUGUGACGGAUUACCCUUACAGUUCUUUGAUGUUCUGCUGGCUUCUGUCGGGCUUCUCCUUUGUCGUAUGUCACCUCCAUCCAAGUAAAUUAGAUCAACGUAACAAUCCCUGA